UUGUAGAGCACAUUGCUUUUCUCAAUGCAAAUCCAAGAUACAGGAAGGUAAUAUGGUUCCACUAUACAGCAUACUUCUCUUCUCUAACUUAUGUGCGGCUGAAUUGGUUAAAAUUUUGCAGCCUGAUCCAUUCCAAACUGCAGACCUAGGGGACAUCAUUACAAUUGAAUGCCUAAUAACCACUAAAAUACACUUUUUUGUGUGGUACAAGUUGACCACUGGUAAGAAACUGAAGCUUGUAGCCAAGGUAAACCGCUAUUCGAACCGUGUUAAAUUUGCUGAUGAAUUUGACAGUGGCCAAUUUACUAUACUUUUGGACCAAACAAAAUGUCACCUAAGAAUACAGUCAACAAAGCCAGAAGACCACGGGAUAUAUUACUGUGGAGUCAUGGUUUUGGAUACCAUAGAGUUUGGAUCAGGGACAUUUUUAACGCUUAAAGGUGCCAAGUUGGACAGUUCUGUUUUCCAGCAACCUAUCUUUGAGUCAGUCCAGCCAGGAGACUCUGUAACUCUGAACUGUGCAAUACAAUCUGAGACCUGUCCUGGAGAACACAGUGUCUAUUGGUUCAGACAUGGCUCAGGAGAAUCCCAUCCAGGAAUCCUUUACACCCAUGGAGGCAGGAGUGAUCAGUGUGAGAAGAGCCCUGAGGCUGGGUCUCCUACACAGAGCUGUGUCUACAACCUCCCCAAGAGGAACCUCAGCCUCUCUGAUGCUGGGACUUACUACUGUGCUGUGGCCUCAUGUGGGGAGAUACUGUUUGGCAAUGGAACCAUGCUGGAUAUUGAAGAUAAUGAAUCUCCCUUUGAUCUGAAUCUUACUGUUAUCUCAUUGGUGGUGUCCAACAUUCUUCUUGGGACAGUGGCUUUUCUACUUGCACGGUUUAUUUGCAAAAGUCAGCGCAGCAUUAACAGAGCAGCCAAUAUCAACACUCAGACUCAUAGAAAUCAGGCAAGUUGUCCUUAUUUAUUCAUCCUUGGUUUUACAAGAAGUUGUGGAUUACGUAAUAAACAUUUUCUUUUUGAGAGACUUUAUUGUGGUUGAGGUCUUUCAAAAGAGUAAGUCAU